CCAUAUUUGCUCUUGUAGCAAUCAGUUGCAGAUCUAGGAAUUUCAAGUCCCAUGGAAUGUGUCAAAGAGUCCAAUGCUAGCCAGAGGAUUUCAUUUGAAUCAUCUCCAAACACCAAAUGGAAAAUGGUUCCGGACAUCAAAAUUACAGAAAUUAUCAAGGAUCUCAACCCAGUUGCAAAUUCAUUAAAUGUUGUCACUGAGAUGGAAAAUCUACUAGCUGGAGUUUCAUCCUUUUUCAUGGCAGAUGACAAUCUAAGAAAGGCUGAAACUCUUACAAAGGAGCUCGAUAAUAUAUGCAAUAUUGUGAGAAGGAAGCACGAAGAAGCUAAGGAACUUCAGGUCCGCUCGAUAAUAAACAAUAAUGCACUGCUCUUGCUCAACUAUACCAUGCUAGAGGAAAAGAUUCAAGCGCUUCAGAAAUUUUCCUCAAGCCUGCUUAUUAAGGAAAUCUGAGGCGUUCGUGAACUACUGCUCUGUUGCCGAAGCUUCCUGUAGUACAUGCGCGUGCAAGGAAAGUUAACAAUCAUGCAUCUGCUGCUUUGAUAAUUACUUCUUUCUGGUUUCUUAUCCUUCGAUAUUAGUAACCCCACCUAAUUG